AUUCCAUUUUCUACCCUAUUCACAGUAUAACGCCUGCAGAAGCAUAGAGCAGAGAAGAUUGCGAAAAUGGCUGCUGGCGUUUCAUUCGGUGACUGCUACCUUCUUCCUCGUUCUUCUUCCUCAAUUCCCACAAAUCGUCAUCCACCCAUCUCUUUCCUAUUUAAACCUAAAAGAUUCCCAACAACAAAAAUAGAUGGUACGUCACUAUCGUCAUCCUCCUCCCAGCUAGGAUUUGGUUUUUCAAUUGAGAGGAAGACCGGCAAAGAUCGUAAUGCGCAGAUGUUGGCUGUUCGACAGUUAACUGGUUCAAUUACGGCUGCUGAGGGGCUCCGCUUUGCUAUUGUGGUGGCACGUUUCAAUGAAAUCAUCACGAAGCUACUAUUGGAGGGAGCUUUGGACACUUUCAAGAAAUACUCAGUUAAAGAAGAAGAUAUUGAUGUUGUGUGGGUUCCUGGUAGUUUUGAAAUUGGCGUGGUUGCUGAGAAGCUGGGAAAGUCUAGGAAAUAUCAAGCAGUUCUGUGUAUUGGAGCUGUGAUUCGAGGUGACACUUCCCACUACGAUGCUGUGGCUAAUUCAGCUGCAUCAGGAGUACUCUCUGCAGGUCUAAAUUCAGGAGUUCCUUGCAUAUUUGGGGUUUUGACAUGUGAUGACAUGGAUCAGGCUUUAAAUCGAGCUGGUGGAAAGGCAGGAAAUAAAGGUGCUGAAGCAGCUUUGACAGCUAUUGAGAUGGCAUCCUUGUUCGAGCAUCAUCUGAAGUUUUAACGUGGUUUCAGCUCCUUUCUCCACCUGCACUCUGUCUUGUUGAAGAGCGGACUGUGCUGUAAUUUUCAAGAGAACCUAAAAUAUCCUCGUAUUGAGAGUGAAAAUUGGUCGAAUAAAGUCUUUAGGUAAUGACGUGAAAGUUGUACUAUACUUUUUUGUAAUGUCAAGUCACUUUGUUGGAAUUUAUUUCAUGACGAGCAAUAUUUUUGGUCUUCGUUUUU